GUUUACGUAGCAAUUUAUCAUUCUAUAUUGCAGCAUCGCCAUCAUUCUUCACGCACAAACUUUACAAAAAAUGGCUUCGAAUGGUGUCAACGGCCAUGUGAAUGGCACGAAUGGCACGAAUGGCGAAAGCAAUGGUGUCAGCUCAUACUCCAUUCCAAAGGAGACCCAACAAAUCUUUAAAAAUGGCAUCCUGAGAAACCCCCUCAUUGCAUCCACUUUGCCGGAAGAGAUCACAGAAUGCGCAAAGAAAGUCAAAUUUGUUGGGACAGACAAGCCAAGUAUCCCCAUCAAUUGGCGAUUCGCAGAGAGUAUUGCUUCGCUUAAGGGCCUCGAGGCUGCGAUGAUCAAUGUUUUGUUGAAGAGGAAGUACGGAGUAGAGCCGCAAGAAGCUGUCAUCAACACCGACCACGCACAGUUGUUCAUCAUGUCGAUUCUGCUCAACACAAUCGAUCCAGACGGCGACAAUAUCUCCUUUUCCUCAGCAGGCACGCCAAAGGGAAGAGCUGCAAUCCAGAAAUAUUUCAAGGAUACAGACCUCCAUCCAGGAUCAAGAACGCUGCACGGCUCUCUCGCCACCAACAUCUACCGGACCAAAGACGGAAGGUUCUUCCACCUUCAUGGAAGUAUGAACGCGGAGCCUUCACAGCAGUCCGUUGGUAUUGAACCAAACAAGGACGUCGCUUCGUACGAGGAAGGUUGCGAAGAGUACAUUGAGAAAGUGGGUCAAAUAGACUCACAAGAAAUGCAACGGCUCGCUUCCGAUGUAUACAAGCAGGCCGGCACGAUAGCAUGGACGACUGAAGAGUUUAAGAACAGCGAGCACGGCAAAGCGAAUGCCCACGUGGGCUUAUACGAGAUCCAUGAUGUGAAGAAUGCCAAUCAGCCUGCAUCAUGGUGGCCAGAUUCGCCCCAGACGUCACCUGAGCGGCCACUCGCUGGAUUGAAGAUUGUAGAUCUGACACGCAUCAUCGCCGCCCCUGCUGUCGGGCGUGGCCUCGCCGAGCUAGGAGCCAGUGUCAUGAGAAUCACAGCAGAACAUAUCACAGACAUGUCCUCUCUGCAUCCUGAUCUAAGUUGGGGCAAGUGGAGCGCGCAUCUUGACUUCCGCAAGGAGGAGGAUCGCGAGAAGCUUCGUGCUCUCGUCAGAGAAGCGGAUGUCGUGAUUCAAGGGUACAGGCCUGGUGUCCUCGACAAGUAUGGGUUCUCAUUAGACGGACUCCUCGAGCUCACCAAGGACCGGGAGCGGGGUCUGAUUGUCGUUCGAGAGAAUUGCUAUGGAUGGCAGGGCCCGUGGUCUUACAGGAGUGGAUGGCAGCAGAUCUCGGACGCGAAUGUUGGUGUAUCCAUGGAGUUUGGGCGAGCCAUGGGUAACGACGAGCCUGUGACGCCCGUCUUUCCAAACUCUGAUUUCUGCACUGGAGUUGCUGGUGUUGUCGCCAUCUUGAACGCCCUGUUGAAACGAGGGGCAGAGGGUGGCUCCUACAAGGUCGACAUCGCGCUUAACUACUAUUCACAAUGGCUCGUCAACUCCGUAGGCACUUAUCCAGAGCCAGUGUGGCAGGACGUCUGGACUCGCAAUGGCCGACAGGUCUUCCGACACUACCACAACAUGCUCUACACGCUUCCACGUCUGCUGAAGAUGUUGAAGGAUAAUUCAAAUGACAUCCUGUUCAACCCCGAUUUCUUUGAGAGGAAACGCUCUGGGGCGAUCGGAACGGACAUUGUUGGCUUGAAGCCUGUGAUCAGAUUCCCUGAGGGUAAGGUCAGACUGGCAUACAACGUUGGCGCGAGGGGUAAUGGAACGGACCAAGCAAGAUGGCCACAGGAUCUGAUGACGGAGGUGGUGGCUUAGAGAUAUUGACAUGAAGUGCUAUUGGGGCAUUAUGCGUGAUUGAUCGAUGGAGAAGCAUGAUACUGCAUCAUUGAGGCAUAUAAUGAAAUGAGUCUGCAUGUUUGCGAAUUCCGAAUUCCGAG